GAGGAGUGUCCGGUCAUUUGAGUCAUGAAAAGUAUCAACUACUUACUGUAAAGCAAUGUAUCCAAAACCGGAAGACGUUGCAUAAAACCUUUACAGUAUUAAUGUUUAAAACGGUAUCAGUCUUCAGCAUCGAAGAUGUUAACAAAGUAGUAAACUGCUCAUGGCAAAUCUGAUCCACCUCCUUAAAUAGCGGAAGAACAGGGGUACAGUCAAUGACAUGUUUAAAGAUUUAAGAAAAACUUCCUGACAGGUUAAGCAAGAUACAUAUACACAAUGGAUUUCAUCAGGAAAAACUAUGUGGAACUUAUCGAGAGGAUGGGAAUAACGAUAACCCAUCAGAUUGCAGAUCAUAUCUAUAGCAAAAGUGUCAUUGAUCUGGAGGAGAAAGAUGAGAUUUACUGUGAGAAAACUGGUCCCAAAGCGGCUCGCAAAAUCAUUGAUUUGAUUCAGCAGAAAGGGGAAAAGGCUUGCAGACUUUUUGUUGACUGCCUCAGAGUUAAAGAUGUCUUCUUGUUUGAAGACUUGCUUGGGAGAUCUUUGCCUGAAGUACCAACGAAACAGAACAUAGACAUGAUGGCAGAAGAUUUAAAACACUUGUAUAAAUCAGCAUAUUUCCAAAAGUUUCACCCUUUGGGGGAGGACAUAGACAUUAUUUUUGAUUUGGAAACAACAUUCACUGAUGCACAGUUUUGGAAAAAGGACAUAUGGAAUCAGAGAAAAGGCACUAUGACUCUUUCGCAUUUUUUGGGUGAGUUCAAGAACCCAACUGUCAUUGAAGGAGGAGCUGGCAAAGGCAAGACCACUCUCCUGAAGAGAAUUGCAGCACUUUGGGCUUCGGGAGAAACCUCAGUGCUGAAUAAGUACAGGCUGGUCUUUUUCAUAAGCUUGAGUGCUGCAGAAAGAGAAAUAUAUGAAACAGUUUGUGAGCAGCUGCUCAGAGUGCCCUAUGAAAUUGACAAGGAGACCUUUCAGAAUUCUUUACGGUUCUUGAAAGAAGAGGUUCUGUUCCUUUUGGAUGGAUAUGAUGAAUUUAAACCAGCAAACUGCCCGGAGAUAGAGGACAUGAUCAAACAUAACUUUCGGUUCAAGAAUACGGUAAUUGUGACAACACGCACUGAAUCAGUCAGUAACGUGAGGCCCAUUGCUGAAAUCAUUGCAGAGAUUGGGGAUCUCAGUGAGGAGAACAGUAAGGUCAUUAUUAGAAAUAUCUUGGGUCCUGAACUCUCUAAAGGCCUUCUGCAGCAACUCGAAAACUCAAGCACCAUGCAAGAAUUGAUGAAGACACCGCUAUUUGUGGUCAUAGCUUGUGCCAUCCGGUUGGGUGACACCAGCAUCAUUCCUAAAACACAGACUGUACUUUUCCGUACCCUUUAUGAUCUGAUGAUCUCAAAGAACCAGUACAAAAUUUCAUUUAUGACUUCGGAAACAGUUCAGGAGAGCAUCAACGUAUGUGGGGAUCUAGCACUUCGGGGAAUUUUCGAGCACUGCUUUGAGUUCUAUUUAAGAAAAGAGCUGCACAGUGAACAAGAGGAUGUGCUACUGAAAUCUGGACUUCUGAACAAGUACACCGCUCAAAGGAUGGAGCCUGUCUAUCGUUUUUUUCAUAAGUCAUUUCAGGAGUACAUAGCAGGAAGAAGACUGCAUGGACUAUUAACUUCAGCCAAAGAGUCAGAGAUGAAGAUGGGGUACCAGUACCUGAAUCAGAUUGAUAAUAUUUCAGAUAUUUCUAAUAAAUACUACAAUUUACUGAUGUACACGUGUGGGUCUUCCACACAAGCUGCUAGCAUUGUCAUUCAGCACAUGACAAAUGUUAAAAAACAUGGAAGACUGUUGGGCACCCCAUUAGAAACUGACAGGCCGCAUGUUCCUUCAGACAAUAACCAGGAACAGAUCUCACAGAAUAUGGAAGAACUUCACAAGCUGCAGGAAGUUAGCAUGGAGAGUUUUGUAAACUGCGCUCUUAACUUCUUUGCAGAAAGUCUUUCAAAAAAUGAGCUAAGUGCAGAGUUUGAAUUUUUCUUUCAGAAAAAAAAGCUGCACAUCAGCAGCCAGAGCAUUCCAACCUGUUUGAGUGACUUCUUUCAAUAUUUGCCAAAAUGUUUGGCUGCUCUAGAACUCAUCGAGUUGGAACUGUUUGGCAAUUUGCACUGUAGUGAAAUCCCGAAUCAGAGCAAAAAGACAUACAUUCCAGAGAAGGCAGUGUCCUUGUUUUUCGAUUGGAGUCACAGCCUUAAUAGUAUUGAAGUAUCUUUGAAUGAUUUUCAGAGGUUAUCUAAAAAAGAUAUAACAUAUCUAGGAAAGAUAUGCUGUUCAGCCAAAAGCCUUAGGCUUCUCCUAACAAGAAGCAAAGGUAUAAGUGGAAAACUUCCUGAUGUCCUCAAAAUGUGUGAAUACAACCUGAAGGAUCUAGUUAUUGAAGAAACUCCUUUGACAUUAACAGAUGAACAGCACAUUGUUCUUAUGAAACAGCUUAAGACUUUGUAUAUAAGUGAUCUGCAGACUGAAAGACUGCCAGGGGGAUUAUUGGAGGGAAUCCAAAACCUUCAGAACCUUGAGAAAUUAAAUUUAAUUAAUAUAAAGAUGGCUGAAGAUGAUGCAAAACAGCUAGCUGAAGGAGUGAAGCAUUUGCAACGUCUCCAGGAGCUGCACUUGGCCAAGCUGGAAGGCAUAGGAAAUGGGCUCAGGUUUAUAAUUGACGCAGCCACCAGUAGAGACUGCUGUCUGAAAAAAAUGGUGCUUGUCAACUGUUGCUUGACAAAGGAGGCAGUCAUAAUUCUUGCUGAAAAUUUGAGGAAUGCCAAUAAGCUUGAGUCACUUGAUCUGUUUGAAAACCAGCUGGAGGAAGACGCAAGUGGCUGUGUGGAAAAACUGAUUGACAAGUUGAGGGCCCUGCCUAGCCUACAGACUCUCAUGCUUCCAUGGGGACAGAAUGUGAAAGACAGCCUGUCCAAGCUUCUGGACUUCCUGAAGAACCUGCCUGGACUGCAGAAACUGGGACUGCAGAGCUGGCACCUCACUGAUAAAGACCUAGAGCUCCUGAGCUCAUCAAUCCAGAAUGGUCAUUUAAGGGACCUUCAGCAUUUGGACCUGUCUGAGAACUGUGUGAGCAGCCAGGGUUGGCACAGGUUCCUCGGGGCACUGGGCAUGUUGAAGAAACUGAGGGUUAUGGACCUGAGCUCCAAAGAGGGCAUGCAGCCCGAACCAAGACUGAUCAAUGACCUUGGCAAGCUCAUAUUCGAGCUCUCAGCACUGCGGAGAGUGGGACUGCAGAGGUGGCACCUGGAUAAGGAGUACCUGAAAUGCCUUAACAAAGGAAAUGUAGUCUUUGGUCGUGAGUUUCAACUCCUAGUCAGCUCAGACUACAUAGAGGAAGAUGAGACAGAUGAGGAAAGCCAUAUGUAGACGUCAGUAAAUAUUUGGAUCAUAGCGUGAGUUGUUUGCCACUGCCUGUUGGCAUGCUGAUUUUAAAUGUUUGUUUAUUCCCAGUACCAAUUUGCACACACUCUAAUUUGGUUUUGGAUUAUACAGUUGUAUGAAUCUGGCUUCAAAUACAAUAUGGGCAUUUUAGAAUGUACUGUACUUUUAGAUACAGUAGGUGAUGAAUACCAAAGACUAGAAAAGGGCUUGGAAAAGUUCUAGGCUCACAAUCCGAGAUCUAGAAUUAGACUUUUUAUCAUCAGUGUUUCCGUUUUGUUAAUGAACUGAUAUCUGUGAUGUUGUUCUGCAAGGUAAAGUAUUCUCAUGCAACAUUUCUUGUAUGUUUCAUACAUUUACAGUACAUUGAAUGUUAUAUGCAGUUUAUACCAGAUAUAUAAUUCUGCAUUACUUCAAAUUUGUAUUUAUUCUUAAAUGUGUAACAACAUUUUAUUAUUGUUAUAUAAAAUCUGAAGAUGGCAGCUAAAAGUCUAAAAUUUAACAAGGAAGCCUCUUAUUGCCGUUUUGAACUUCACAAGUCUGAGUCUCUGUGUUCGACCUCACUGAACCCGAAUUCAUUACAAUACACAAUGUGGUAAUUACUGUAGAGUACAGUAGGUGGUAUCGUCCCCAUUCCAGCUGUGUGGUACAAUAGAAUUAUCUGUUUAGUUAAUAAAAAACAAAAUCGGUGA